AAAGUUGAUGUUCACAAAUAAAACUGACUUACCUGAUUUUAGAACAUUCAAAUUAAAAUCCGCAUCACUGUGUUCCUUUUCCAGAGUAUUGGUGGAGAGGCCAUGAAUGAGAAUAAAUUUCUGAGCACAGAUCCUGGUACAGGGCCAAUGGAAGCAGCUAAACCAUUGCCAUUCAAGGAUCCAAACUUUAUGCACUCUGGCAUUGGUGGAGCAGCAGCUGGCAAGAAGAACAGAACUUGGAAGAACCUAAAACAAAUUCUUGCUUCUGAAAGGGCAUUACCAUGGCAACUAAAUGAUCCUAGCUAUUUUAAUAUUGAUGCUCCUCCUUCCUUUAAACCAGCCAAGAAAUACUCUGACAUUUCAGGACUUCCUGCCAAUUACACAGACCCACAGAGCAAGCUGAGAUUCAGUACCAUUGAAGAAUUUGCCUACAUUCGCAUGCUGCCUUCAGACGUUGUUACAGGUUACCUGGCUCUAAGAAAAGCAACAACCCGGGACUCUCCAGGACCGUUGGUCGGGCAAGAGCAGUCCCCCUUUUUUUUUCCUGCACAUCAGCAAACAGCAGCAGAUGCAUUAGGUCAUUAUCCUGUGGCCUCUGGGUUCUGCGUAAGCAUACGCAGAACAGGGUUACUGGUGCUAGAAGUACCUCCCACACAAUCACAAAGCCAAAUCCUACUCACACUGCAGUUGCAACAUAGUGCUUUCAUUCUGAGUAUCUCCUCAGCUGCUGGGCUGGGUCCUGCAAUUUUGGAGCUGUCUGGAUUUCCUGCUCCCUUGUUAGGAUGAGUUUCACUCAUACUGUAGACUUACACUUCACUGCAAGUGUAACAAGCACAUUUAGAUUUGUGAUGGACAGUAAGACUCCAGAAUAAGCAGCAGAAAGGUCAGUUUUAAGCAACUUGUUUGCAUCUCAGAUAACUAUUUCAUUCCAACUCUAGUCUUAAAUCAGCAUUCACUGUGAAGCAGACAUGCAGAGCUUAUCAAAUGCUUCAUUAGGGGAGUUUGGCCCUCUUAUCAUAUUUAGCUCUCUUCCUGGUCACAGAUGGAUCACAUUGGGUUCACCAGUAAAUAAUUUCUCUGAAAUUGGGUAGGUGAAGAGUUUCAAUGCCUUAGGAUAAUUGCCUUUCAGAACUUAAACUUUCAAUUUGUGAUUUGUCAGUCACAGGAUGUGAUUUCUAUUCCUUGAUUGGAUGAUACAACAUUUAUAAAAAGCAUGAGUGACUUAAGAAAUCAUGAAAGUUACAACCAAAUCUCUCAGGAAGUAGGUAGGACACUAAGAGAGACAUUAGCUUUAAAAAAGGUAGGAUAUUCUGAAUCUUUUCUUGCAAGGAAAUUCAUAUUAUAAUGGGUUUCAUAUUUUGACUUUAAAAUAUACAUGUUCUUUCCAGAGGGGGGAGAGAGAAAGAUGUGCUUUGUCUGGUAUAUUAGAUAUGCUGGCUGACUAAAAGAAACUGUUUUCUCUAGCUCACAUUCAUACCAAGGCACUGCAUGUAAAUAUGGUGUCCUUAGUCUUAAAUGUAAAGUGUGGGUUCAGGUCCUCAUUUGGCUCACUUCACAUCAGAAUCCCGCCCAGGAGCCUCAGAAUGCUGUUGGGUAUUUCUCCAUCCCAUAUCUAUGCCAUAUACCUAACAACUACACAAGUGACCCACUCUUUUUCAUGUUACAUUAUUGCCAACUAGUCAUGAUAGCUAUGAACUGUGUGUACAAGGACAAUGAUAUCUGCAAAGCACAUAAUCAAUAGGCGUGUGCAAAGCGGCAAGUAUUCACUUCGGAUUCGGACGAUUUGGAGGGACAGUGAUUCGAUUCAGUGAUUCGAAUCACUGUUCCAAUUUGAUUUGGCUAAUUCGGAUCU